UCGGUCACAUCCGCACAGCUUCAGAAACAACUUAAUAUGAAAUUCUUCACAAGAUGAAACAUGCGUUUCGAUGAAUAGAUGUGAGUUCUCCAAUCAAAAUGUCACAGAUCAAAGUCUGGUUUUAUGUUUUGGUUUAACUAAGUAGCUGGAUUGUCAUCGACAUUUCCGACGUGAACUAACUCAGAAAGUGACAGUAACUCUUAGGUCUCUUAGUUAGAAAGUCUGCCACCAUAAGAGCUACAAAGGUGUUAAUGAGAGACGCUCGUUUUACAAAUUACAAUUGGGGCAUGAGUACUUUAGUCUGUCAGUCCUCGGAAAUUUGCUAGCCAAGACGAGAUAACAGAAUAUGUGUUAAUUGACCAUAUUCACUAUAAUAAGCGAUAUCAGGAUAGCCGUCUCGUUGAACUAGUCGAUUUGUUUCGAGUUCAUAAAAGGCAUAAUUAUGAGAACGGUUGAAUAGCAAGAAAAGCUGAGCCAACAAGAUGAUGAAUAGCUUACACUUGUUAAUAAUUUUUUCACCUCUCGUCUUGGCGAUAACAUUUGCCUCUUCUGUAGACAAAAGACAGCUAUUAGCAUACAAGCCAGGACACGUAAUCUUAGGCGGACUUUUUCCCGCGCAUUAUGGAAGACUGAAGUCUUGGCGGGAAAACUGUGCAGAUAUAGACAUGAAAGGUAUUGCUCUGAUCGAGGCAAUGAUGUACGCUGUCAAUAGGGUAAAUUCUGAUCAUCUUCUCCCAUGUAAUCUGACACUUGGCUUUGACGUCAGAGACACCUGCGACAGUAAAAAGAUUGCUUUAAAGCAUACUUUAAGUUUUCUCUCUGGAGAAUAUUACUCGAGUAUAAACGAGGAUUUGUACAGUUGUGGCAGAGAAAAAAAUUUCUUAUGCGACGGGAGGCUUAUAUCCAUAAUUGGCGCAGGUAAUACUGAACUCAGUGUUGCCGUUAACAAAAUUUUAAGUGUUUUUGAUAUUCCUCAAGUGGGUUAUGCAUCAACUUCCGGAAUCUUGAGUGAUAAAUCAAGAUUCCCUUCUUUUUCCAGAACGGUGGUUAUUGGCUCAAAUAAGCCGAAAGUCAUCGUGAAAAUACUUUCUCAUUUUGGAUGGAAGCAUAUUGGACUACUUGUUAGUGAUGACAUACAUUGGAAACCAUUGGCAUUAGAGUUUAAAAACCUUGCAAAUUCACAAGAGAUAUGCAUCAAUAUUGAUGAAUUCAUAUCCGACGACUCAAAGACGGUUGAAACUGUGGUAAACCAGAUAAAUUCGUCCAAUGACACUCAUGUUAUUGUGCUCUUUGCGUCAUUUUCCGAUGCCACCAAAGUCUUUCAAAGAGCAAGUGAUAUCAAUCUUAACGGAAAGCUAUGGAUUAGCACUGAAAUGCUACCACCUGAUAUUGCAGCUGAGUAUGGCAAUACUCUGCAAGGAAUGAUAGCCAUUGAGAGGGAGCCGGAGAGGAUUGAUGGAUUUGCAAAGUAUUUCACCACCCUGAAUCCUACCAAAAACAAAUGGAAUCCCUGGUUUAAAAUCUUGUGGGAAAAACUAUUCAACUGUCGUUUCUCCAAAUAUGCCGAGAACGAUAAAGGUGAAUCACAAGACGACAAACCAUCGUGUAGCGGAAAGGAAAACUUUAAAUGGAUCGGUCAAAUCUUGUCGUUCUCUCACGCAAUCCAUGUGAUAGACGCUGUGAUGGCCGCUACUCAUGUCAUCAAGAAUAUCUGCCAAGACACUGUCGGCAAUAAUGCAACAAAUGCAAGAGAUCAAUGUCUUGAAAAACUCACCAAAGAUCGAAUCUCAAAAGAAAUGUUCAAGGGACCAUUCGCCUUCCAGAGUUUGUUCAAUAAAACAGUUUCUUUAGACAAGAAUGGCAAUGCUGUUGGAUCGUAUGUUAUUUUCAAUCUAAAGCAAGAUUACAAUGGCAUUCACUUUCACAAAGCUGGAAUGUACAAAAGUGACGAAGACGAAUUAAUCAUCAACAAAAGUGUAAUUUCUUGGCCCAGAGAAUUCCAACCUGUUGAAAUUUGCAGAACAAUUUGUAGGCCAGGUUUUUACAAGGAUUAUGAAAGCUCAAAGUGCUGCUGGAAAUGUAAAGCUUGUCCAAUAGGAACUAUAAGCAAGAGCAUCAACACGAACAAGUGUGCUACCUGUCCAGAGGGCUCAAUCUCUAACAUGAAAAGAACAUCUUGUACAAAACCAGUGCCAAAGUAUUUCGACUGGGGAAGCAGCGGUAGUGUGACUUUGACUAUCAUAUCGUUGACGUCGUUUUUGUUUUCUUUAAUUGUCUUCUCUGUGCUGCUUAAGUUUAGAACUUCUCCUGUAGUUAGUGGAUGGGGAAGUAGUGUGAACUUCUAUCUCAUUUGCAGUAUUACCAUCGGAGUACUCGUCCCAUUUGCUUUCAUCGGUUAUCCAACGGAAGUCAUGUGCAAACUUCAAGUAGUGACUGUGGCAACUUCACUAACACUUUCUCUUUCUUUGGUUUUGGUAAAAAUAAGACAAAUAACUUGCAAGAAAAAGAACAUGGUUUCCAGAUGGCGAGUACUGAGUUAUGCUCAAAAGCAAACUAUAUACGCUUUGUUCUUUGUCAUCUUACAGAUAUUGUUUUGCAUUCUGUGGAUAAUAGUCAACCCACCUUAUGUGAAAGUUGACAAUAAUGACCAAGGGAAAAUCAUACUAUGUUCUAAUCAAAACGCGUCUUGGUAUGUUCUAUCUUUCUCCUACAUCAUUGCAAUAUCUUUAUAUAUUACCUUAAAAUCAUGUAAAUCCAGAAAUCGUUCCUUCAACUUCUCCGAAGCUAAGUAUAUCCUGUAUGCCAUGAUCUUUAUAUACAUUACAUGGGGAGUGUACAUAGCCACUUUCGUUGGAACUUCCACAGGAUUUCUCCACAUAACACUUCUUUGUUUGACUGCAAUAGCUACUCAGAUGCUGAUUCUCGGUUUUAUAUUUUUACCCAAAAUAUUCAUUCUAUUGUUUAGACCAGAAAUGGCAAAACUCUGCGAGUUUCAAAUGGAUGAUACUUACGUGAAAGAUCAAAUAAGUUACGAAGCUUCCAAUAUGAGACACCCGCAUCCAAAUGGAAUAGUAAGAUCCAAUUCGCCGAGCAUAAGAGAUGACAGUUCAAUACGAGGAACACCCAGUCAAGUGAGUUUGGACAUGAGUCCAUCCAGUUAUCCACAGGUGCGCACUCAGACGACCCCGCCCAAGAAUCCCUCGUUAAUGGAGAGAAUACUUCAACAGCCUUGCUGUGCGGCGAUUUUGCAAGACGAUGAAUCAAGCGUCGUUUCUGAGCAACAGCAGAAAUAUCACGUAAGCCCCUCGGUUCAGCGUCGACUACCACUAAUCAUGAUAGAUGAAGGGACGAGAAGCAACAGUCCAAGAAGUCAAAUAUCAGACCGCACAUUUUCUCCUAAUCCGGCCCGUAGAACACGUCCAAAAAGCAUAGAGGAUCAUGAGCAAGAGUGUCUCAGCGCAACAAUGGACGAUACAGAAAUAUGGAGUAGGCGUCGUUCAUCUUCUAAUAGUCGUCCUAGUCAAGCACUUAAUAACGAAGAGUAUUGCUUGCGAUUCGCCUUAAAAGGAAAUAUAAUUGAGAAUAAACAUUUCAAGCAACAUCAUAAUGCGGGCAAUAAUCUAUUACGAGAAAGUAGGCUUUAAGAGUUUAUUUCAACAAUAGAGAAGUUAAAAUCGAGGGCAUUAUGCUUUUAUUGUUGUUCGCGGAAACUGCCGGAUAUUGCGAAAGACAAAUAUGGUCGUCCGAGAAUUUACGAACAUCCAAUUUCCAUGGGCAUUAACUAUCAGAGCAUAAUGCCCGAGAUUGAAACUGUUUAAUUUUUUUAUAAAAAAAAACAAAAUUUUUCUAUCGCGUCACGUGGUCGACUCUAGACCAAUGAGAGUGGAGGGAAAUUUGUUGUAUUAAAACUGUUUAUAGAAGGAGACCUACGAUUAGUCAACUUAUUCAUAAUGUAUAUUGGGAGAUUUUAUUGGUUACCUUGAGGCAAUACAUAUAUCAUAACCGUGGUAAUAUUGACAAGUUCAGAAAAACAAAAUAUUUGAAUGGAAUGUAAAAAUAUAUAUACAGGAAGUAGAGUGGCCAUUUCGUCUCAAAAACUCUUCAAAAAUGUCGCCUUUUACAUAUUAUAAAAAUCCAAAAUCAGCUCAGAACACGACCUAGACGUUGACUAUUUCUGUUUCAUUAUUAUUUUAAAGGUUGGUUAAGAAUUUUUUUAAAAAUAUGAAAUUUAUGGUUACGGAAAACAUAAGUUCUCAAAAUUUGAAAGUUUAGAACCACAAGUACGCGCAUGCGUAUUUGCGCACCAGAUGCUACGUCACUGAUCAGUAUACGUCUAUUUCAAGAGAAAUUGGUGAAUGGCAGUUGUCGAACAGGGAUUGCUAAUUGAUGGGGAAAAUAACACUGGUUUAUACUGUAAGAUAGUCUGUGGUAAAGAUUGGCUUUGUUUAGUCUCCAUUUUUACGCAAGGUGAAAUCAAUAAGGGAAAUUAACCAUAGUUCAUUUCGGUCAUGCAAUCGCCAUUCGCUGUUCUCCUCAACACCGUUUUUUGAAAUAGCCGUAUGUGACCGUUUCCAAAUGUCCGUAAGUGAGCUGACUAAUUUUAUUUCAAUACCUUUCUUGGUAAAUUGUACUUCUUCAUUUAUGUGAAUAACAAAACCUAACUUCAAAAGGGUGUUAUUUGUAUGAUUUAUAAGCUGUUAGUAUCGAAAAGAGUAGGAAAUAAGUUAUAAACCAGAGAUACCUUGGUACAACAUUACAAAACUGAGAUUAUUUGUAGCGAGAUAAACAAGCAAAUCAGUAAAAUUAUUAAUUAUCUGAUGGUAAAAAAAGGAUAAAUAAGAUGCAUGUAUAUAUUAAGAAAAAAGAUACUGAUAAAUCAAGGAAUGAGAAGUUGUAUUAAUGAAUUCACAAAUAAAAGAAAGACAAGGAAAUGAAAUGAA